AAGUGCUUAGCAUAAAGUCCAUUUCUUCCAAACAGACUGCCCCAGAGAAUUAUAUCCAAAUCCUGGUUUCAGAGUGUGAAAAUUCUAAGUCAAGUCUGCGCUCAUCAAAAGAACGGUAAAGCUGUUUAACUAGUACACCACUAGAGACAAGUUCACUGGACCAGUCGGUAGUCACACAAAAAAGGAGUAGGGAACAGAGAAUCCUGAAUGGACAAAUAGGAGAUGGUGGAAUACAUUUUCAAAAAUCAAACCAACUAGGGUCCCUCUUGUUACAUGUUACACCACUAUAAGACAUCGAUUAUCAUUCAAUCUCACUCGUGACACUCUUCUUCUCUCUUCUCUACUGAUCUCUGGAAACAAAUCUCGAAAGAAACAAAUCAAUAAUGGUUUCCAGUUUCCUACUAAUCAUUUUCUUCAUAUUAUUCUCUUCAUUUCUCAUCCAUGUGCACAGCAAUUCCUCAUUGGUCCCUAACCACAGACAAGCUCUUGAAAUCUCAAUAGGUAUUGGUAGUGGUGGAGAUGGUGGGGGUGGAGGUGAAGGUGGAGGGGGAGGUGAAAAUGGAGAUUCUGGAGCCUGUCAAUGUACGGCUUCUCCACCUGAAAUACCACCUCAACCACAGCCACAGCCACAGCAACGGCCACUAGUCUUCUUAGAUGAAAGAUUAGAGGUGGUAUACCCAGUGAUCCAAAGAUUUAAAAACUUGAUCACAUCAGACCCAUUCAACAUAACCAGUACUUGGGUUGGUUCUGAUGUCUGCAAUUACAUCGGCUACUACUGUGAAAGCCCGCCUGAUAACUCCUCGGCUAUAUCUGUCGCUUCAGUCGAUUUCAACGGUUACAGACUCGGUGCUCCUUCUCUGGUCAGAUUCAUCGAUAGUCUGCCUGAUAUCGCAUUAUUUCAUGCCAAUACCAACGAAUUUGGAGGUCUUAUACCAUCUAACAUUUCUAAUCUUCGUUAUCUUUAUGAACUUGAUCUUAGUAACAACAAGUUUACGGGGGCAUUUCCAACUGCAGUAUUUGGUAUAAAAAGCUUAACUUUUUUCGACAUAAGGUUCAACUCAUUUAAUGGUUUGGUUCCAUCUCAAAUCUUUGCACAACCACUAGAUGUUCUUUUCAUAAACAACAACAAUUUCUUGCAAACUUUACCUCAAAAUUUAGGCUCAACGACAUCGUUUUAUCUUACUUUAGCCAACAACAAAUUUACCGGUCCAAUUCCAAGAAGCAUAGGAAAAGCUUCAAAGACUUUAGUUGAAGUAUUAUUCUUAAACAAUGAAUUGUCUGGUUGUUUGCCUUAUGAAAUUGGUUACUUAAAGGAAGCGACAGUUUUCGACGCUAGUUCCAACUGCAUAACAGGUCCUCUUCCAUGUUCAUUUGGGUGCUUGGCUAAAAUGGAAAUCCUCAACUUUGCUGGAAAUUUGUUAUACGGUGUGAUCCCUGAAGUUGUUUGUGCUUUGGGUAAUUUAGCAAAUUUAACAUUAUCAGAUAACUAUUUCACUGGGGUAGGACCAUUGUGUAAGAAACUGAUCCAAAGUGGAGUACUUGAUGUGAGGAUGAAUUGCAUUCAUGGACUGGAGAAUCAGAGAUCUAUAGCUGAAUGUGCAGUGUUUUUUGCACAUGUGAAGAUUUGUCCUUUCUUUCCUACCUUCAGUUUGAUUCCUUGCCAAAUUUCUCAUAAUGGUUGGGGUGAAAAUAGUAACAAAUCUUCACCUGGUACUGGAGGCAGUGGUUAUUAUACCAGGAAACGUUCUAAGCCUUCAAGAGCACCUUCACCUACUUACUCUGCUCUGUUAAGACAUCGUUUGUAAUAUUAUUCAUAUAUCUCUAAAUAUAAAAUGAAAAUUAUCUGUAAUCUUUUGAUUGCUUUCCUCAAUUGGUGCACACACCCAUGAUUAGUAGCCCAUUUUGUAUUUCUGCAUCAUUACAUUACUCUAAUUCGCACAUUCGGGCUUGACUUGGA